UUUCAUGUCGAGGCUCGCAGUUGUCUGUUUUCUUCAAGGGCUACUUAUCGAUAGACGUGGAGAGUCGAUUACCAAUUAUCAGCAUGAUUGUAGCAGGGCUUUGGCGGACAAGUUAUAUCUUGUUCCUGGCAUUAGUGCCGCUAGCAGCAUGCCAGUGUAAAUGUACCCCCAACCAAGCAUGCUGGCCGACCGAGAAUGAAUGGUCGGAAUUCAAUCAGACCAUCAGUGGCAAACUGAUCAAAACAGCACCUGUUAUGCUUCCUUGCUACGUCGGACCCAACUACGAUGCGGCACAAUGCGCACAGCUCAACGACACGCUGUUCUACGACCCGAAAUUCGAGGCGCAGCAUCCUGUCGGAUAUGACUAUCCACUGAACGAGACAUGUCCACCUCCAAUGGUUACCGAUGCCCCGGCCAGUCAGUGUCAGCUUGGUAAUUCACCUGUGUACGCUAUCAACGCAACGACAGAAGCGGACAUCAAAGAUGGCAUUCGCUUUGCAAAGGAAAAGAAUAUUCGGCUCGUCAUCAAAUCUUCAGGCCAUGACUUUGUUCAAAGAUCAAAGGGCUUUUACGGUCUGUUGAUUUGGCUACAUCACUUCAGAAGCGGCUUCACCUUCAACGAACCAGCAUCCAUCUCGGAUGGACAGCCAGCACAAAAUUGGAAUGGUACCAGCCUCACAAUUAACGGCGCAUACCCCUGGUCCGACAUCUACCCCACAGCUUGGGAGAAAGGCAUCAUGGUUGUCGGGGGCAACGCAAACGGGCCUUGCUCCACCGGUGGCUGGACGCAGGGAGGAGGCCACAGCCCCAACACUCGCGAUUUCGGUAUGGGUGGCGACCAGGUGCUCUCUGCAAAGGUCAUUCUUGCAUCCGGCGAGGAAGUCGAGGCCAGCCCAUAUAUCAACCAGGAUCUUUUCUACGCUAUCCGCGGUGGGGGUCCCGGUACUUACGGUAUCGUGACACAGAUGACUGUCAAGACGUAUCCGAAUCGAAAACUCAACCUGUUCUACAUUGUGAUGGGUGCCCAAGGCAAUGGCACAGUCAGCAAAUUCUUAGAUGCCAUGACUGAUGUGUAUUCCUCAUACCCCAGUCUUUCUGAGAAGGGAUUCGCCGGGUACGGAAACUGGGUUGCGAAUUCAGCCAACGGCCUGCACGAACACAAGUUCACCAACGUCUGGUACGAAGCCUUUACAAUCACCGGUAAAACAGAUGAAGAGGCACAGAAGCUUUUCCAAUCUUUCGAAGACAUAGUACUCUCUUACAACUCCACCGAAUUUGGCAUUCAAGUCAACCUCACCAAAUCCAGCUUCGUCGACUCCGGCGAAUACUUUGCCAACAAGUGGGGAAACAACGUUUUUGUGGGUGGAAUAUCGGCUCUCUCAUCUCGAUUUAUCGAUUCACAUGCGCUAAGCGGCGACAAGGAGCGGCUGCGCACAGCCAUAGAAAUCAUGGGAGGCGAGCCAGGCAAGGCUGUCUAUCACACAAUUGUACACCACGGCCUUGAGACCACGCCCAAACUGCACUUCAACGAUUCUGCAAUCCAGCCCGGCUGGUAUAACUCCAUUGUCCUCGACAUCUUCGAGCGCGACGUGGUCGAUUUCAGCUACAAGAACAACAUCGAGCCGUUCUCUUACAUUCGAUCAAAGGUCGAAACUGUCUACCGCGAUCUUACACCCUCGCUUGGAACGUACAUGAAUGAGGCCGACUGGGGAAGUGUGAAUUGGAAAGAAGAUUUCUAUGGCGUUCAUUAUGAUCGUCUUAGCCCAAUCAAGGAAAAAUACGACCCAGACGGUCUCUUCUACUGUAUCACGUGUGUUGGGAGCGACAAUUGGGUGGUUAAGGACGACGGAACGUUGUGUAAAAGCACUUAA